UCAAUAGAAUACAACAAUAUUUAAACCUGAGAAUGGAAACAUUUGACUGACAGUUUAAACAAUAUGUUAAUGACGUACGUAUAUUUACUUUCGAUUUGCAUUGUGUCAACACCAGCGAUCACCUGGACUUUCGGUUGAUUCAAUAUCCAAAAAUAAAAUGGGCCAGGGACACUCUAAGAUAAAGCUUUCAGAUGAAAAAGUGGACUUCCUUACAAAAGAAACGACGUUUCCUUCGAAAACAAUCAAGAGAUGGUACAAAGCAUACAUGGUUGCCUUCCCAGACGGUAUGAUGGAUAAGGACAAUUUUGAGAAGGUUUAUUCAGAAUGUGUUCCGAAAGGAAACCCGGGUUUAUUUAAAGAGCGAGCAUUUUGUUCACGUGAUCGAAUAGAUUUUGAUUUCUUUGUUCUUACUAUUCACAAAACGUCUUCGGCUAUACGAGAUGAAAAUGCCCUGGUGAAACGAGAGACAACUGCAACAACAGAAGCUUUAGAUUUUACCACCCUCGCAAAGGAAAUAUGCGAAAAUCUACGCCAGUGGGUUAAUGGUGAAAUAUCAGGGGAAGCGUGCAUCAACAGCAUAAUUGAAAAAGACGCCAAUGCUGCAAUAGGUAGUUUUGUUGGUGGCAAAGUUGGUGGCGCCAUCGGAGGACCUUCGGGCGCGGCAGUCGGAGCAGUUGUUGCCCACGUGCUCCCAAUUACGGCUCAAAUGCUUAAAAGUAAACUCAAGCAGUGGAUUUUCGGAUGUUCAAAAGAGAAAGCCCUGGAACAAGCGUUUACGUUUGUUGGGCUGCAAGCAACCGCGACCAACAAAGAGAUCAAUUCUCGGUACCGUAAACUUGCACGCAAGUACCAUCCUGACAAAAAAGGAGAACUAGAAAAAUGGAUUCAACUUCAGUAUUCUAUGGAAUUAAUAAGAGAAUCAAGGCGCUAAAAUCAAGAACUCGCUUGUACACGACCAUUUUAAUUUGGAAAGUUUGAAAAAGCUGUCGAAUAAUUUAUAUAAUACUUUGUAAAUAACAAUCUUUAUAUUGUCAUAAAUAAC